AUGCCUAAGACGACAGUUGCGCUUUUUGGGGCCAAUGGAACACUUGGUAACCGGAUUCUUCGUACAUUAAUUGCAUAUCCAGAACGGCCCUUCAAACUAGUUGCUUUCAUUCGACCUGAGUCUUCUUUGAAGAUUGAUCAUUGGGUCUCUAAUUUGACCGUCUAUGGGGUGGAUCUCACUCUGAUUGACGCAGAUAGCCUCAGUUCGAUGCUUGCAGGUGUUGAUGUUGUCGUCAGUGCUGUGGGAUCUGAGGUCUUGCCUUAUCAGCACGUUAUACAAGAUGCUGCCGCAAAAGCUGGAGUUCGCAGAUUCUAUCCCAGCAGCUUUGGAAUGCCUCAGGUUGUGCGUUUCGAGGCUCAAGACGUCAGCAUGAUCAAUUCGACCUGGGACCUUAAAAUGAAGACUUUAGAGGCUGCUCUAAAACAUCCUGCUAUCUGUGAGGGGCGAAUGACAUACACUGUGAUUAAUAAUAGUGAAUGUUUUGAUGCUGCUGGCGAGACAACUUUCUGUCCUUGGCUAGACCCCCAAGCAGAAGAAUACAACAUGAUUGCCGUCGGGGACUCCGCAGCCAAGAUGGAUUAUAUAUCAGAUCUCGAUGUGGCAGCUUAUCUGGUCGAAUCCAUUCAACACCCCGAGGUGUCAGAAAAUCAAAUACUCUUCUUCCAGGGAUAUAUAACAAACUUUGAGGAAGUUGCGCAACUGCUCAGAAAGCACAGUGGCAAAAAGGUCACAAUCAACCUGCUUGAUUGGCAAUCAGCCGAGCGCAUGAUAUGCAAUCCUAGCUCGGCCCGGUCCACUUUUUCUGAUUAUGGAUGCCAAAAGGCCAGACACACAAUCACUUGUUUCCCAACAUCAAGAUUCACUCUGUUGACGAGCGCUUUUCUGAGCUACUUAAAAGUUCUUAGGGGGAUACAGGGAUGUAGUAAUGGGAUUGAUGGGGAAUGGACUUGGCUGUAA